UUUUGCUGUUGUUGCGGAAUGACUCCCGGCUAUAGCGUACGCAGAGGGUGGUCUCGAGACACUUCCUCCCCACUAGAAAGCUUUCGCCUCCCUUAGAGUUUGAUGUCUCCGUGUGACUUGUGGUCUCGGCUUCACUGCUUCAUCCCCUCGAUUAACCCCCCGAUCACUCCCCGAUUGCUUUCAGAUCAACAAAUUUCGUUUAUUGAUUAGUGUGCUGCACUGUCCCUCACAAUCACAGCGAUGCACAAAAUAGAGACGAUGUCUGGCUUAAAAUAGAGACGAUCUGUAGAGCAACUUGAUAUUACUCUGGAGUGCUCCCCUUCACAUUUUCUAAGUUUUUUUUUUGUGUUUGCACAGGCGUUUUAGGUCUUAAUUGUAGCGUGGCUUGUUCUGUACUUCGAUUGGGAGCGAGGUCAGGAUGAGUCACUUGAUGGAAUAGUGGUGUCGGGGUAAAUAUCUGAGCAUCGUUGGUUGGUUUGAACGUUCUCGGACUCGGAUGCCUGUGAUACACGGAUCAAUCCGCAGAUUCUCGAAAACACUAGGAAAAUUGUCGUUGAAAUUCCUAAGUUCGAUGAAUAUUGCACCAAAGUUGAAUGGUGUUCGAGGUUGGAUAUGUUGGAACCUAGUUGUUCCGGGUCUGGGCCACUGAAUGAGCUUAGAAUUUGUUCCAUGGCGCAACGGCACAGGAAGCCUUGGAAUGUCACUCUGGUGCGGCUAUGCUUCAGCUGUGUCCAUUGAUGAGCCAGACGAUGGUUCGAUGUUUGAAGCAUUUGCACAAGUGACUAGAAGUAUGCUUUACGGGAUCACUGCUGUCAGCUUAGGACGAGCGUGAUAGAUAAACAUGAAAUUGAACGUAAUUAGGGGUUGGCUGAGAUUAUGAUGUGAUUUUCAGAGCUCAUCUAUCACUAAAUAUGGCGAUGCUUAGUUGCAAUGGACCUACCUUGAGGGAUGAAAUCUUGGGAACAUUCGAGAUUUAAAAGAAGCUUACUUCCUUAAUCUUGGUUGUAAGGAUUCUGGUGGAAUCAACCUCUGCAGCGGCUGUUGAUCGUACACACCCACACAAAUACUUCUCUUAAAAAAGUCGUCGACGAUUUAAUUAUCACAGACAGGCGUCUCCACUUUGUAUUGCAGACACAGUUCAUGUGCACCGAGUGUGGGAAGCAGGAGACGAGGGACGUUGCAUCCUGCAGGGGGGUAAUGAUUCCUGUUUGAUCAUUUUGGAAUGGGUGUAAAUUUUCGUGGGUUGCCAGGGUAUAUGGACGGUCUAACUUGGAAAAGUAGACGAUGGGAAGGAUGUGAAUAUGCACGACAGGAGCCAAGAGGGUAUUCAGAACAUUUUGUCUGAGAACUGUCAAAUCUCGAUGAUGUAUUGAGUUAAAGGGGCCAAACUAUUAAUCAACAGGUGCUCAAGGGUCAGAAAGGGUUGAGCAGAGAGCAUGGUGAUGGAAAGGACAGAGUUUCUCGCUGUAAAGAGAGAUGUAAAGUGAGAGGCUUUUGAUAUAUCAAUGGAGACAGUCUAUGUUGUCGAAGUGUUGACAUGGCAGUUUGUAAGGUGCUAAUUCUGCGGACGGAGGGAAACAAAGAUUCAUUGAGAUAAUUCUAAGACAUGCAUCAGGUGGCAAGUCACACCGCAGUACAUCCUGUGGCUGUUCCGCCACAGUUCCCACGAUUUUUACACCCAGUUGUUCGAAUGAAAGUUUUGGCUGGAUCACCGGGCACGAUGGGGGGAUUGGCAUUGCGGCUCGCGCAAACUGGAUUUUCCCUUAUUUCGCUUUGCAUUAAGAUAUCAAUCACUGGAUUUUCCUCAAUUUCAGCUUUCUGGUUUCUUGUGGCAGCGAUGGUAUUUCAAUUCAUCUGGAGCUUCAGUAUAGGGGUUUUGGACACUGCGUUGUUGACGAAGCGAAGCCUUUGGAAUCCAAGGAUAGUGAGCCUUGUAGUAGUUGGUGACUGGGUCAUUUCAAUGAUGACAUUUGCUGGAGCUUGCGCAGCUGCGGGAAUCGUUGUGCUGAUUCAUAACGAUCUCGAUCAGUGUAGAUCCAACCACUGCGGCAGAUUUGCGGUAGCUGCUGCCAUGGCUUUUAUGAGCUGGAUUGCAACAACUCUUUCUUUUGUUUUAGCAUUCUGGCUCUUUGCAACCCGUAGAUAGUACCUAUGGGUAUGGUUCGUCUUACCUUGUGUAUUAUACGCUCUUGUUUUGCCUGCGCUGGGACCCUAUGUUAAUGACAACAUAUAUAUAUAUAUAUAUAUAUAUAUAUCUAUAGAUAUAGAUAAAUCCCAAUUGUAAGAUCCACUAGAGAGAAAAUCAGUUGUAUCUCACCAGCUGAUGUUUGCAGGAGGAUCUCAGACAUUGUCUUGUUAGUUUAUGCAGAAUCCUGAUAGGAAUUUCCAGUAUUAUUUAGAUUUUACGAUUGAGCAGCUUUGUUGAGGCUAUCACCUUGCAUGGCUGUGUACGUUCUGUAAGUUGAUAACAACGCUUAGACACUUAACUUCAGUGUAAAUCAUGUUGUAAUUUAUACAUCCUUAUUCUGUAGCUUUUCCGGGGACUUUAUAAUCCAGAAAAUUCCUUUGCACUUGC